CUUAACCGAACUUAACCAAACUUUAAAAUUAUUUACUUUUAUAGCAAGAAAUAUAACAUUCUUUACCUUUUUUUAUUAUUCUUUUAAUUAAUUGUAGAAACAUGUCAGAUGCCUGGGAAGAAAUCCAAGCGGUUCAAAGAAAAAGAAAUAUUCUUCGAGAAAGGCUAGAAAAACGCAAAAAAGAGCGCCAAGAUAUUUUAGGUUCCAGUUUAAAUACAACUUCAUCCAUAACUGCUGUGGAAUCUACUAAUUCGCAAAGUGCCUUACCCACAAUUCCAAAAGAAGAUAUCAAAACUAAGGGCGAACAACCUUUAGAAAGCAAGGAUUUAGUUAAGAUUGACCCCCAAUUGGAGAAAGAGCUUUUAAAGGAACUUAGCCAAGUAACGCUGCAGUUACCUACCUCUUCAACUGACUUAUUAACUCUAUUAAAAGCAACUUUGAAAACAGAUGUACCACAUAAACAAGUUUUUAGUUUAUUACAAAAGUUUGCAAUUCAGAAACUGGUUACAGUGAAUGAGAUAAUAAGAGAAGGAAUUAAUAUUUUAGACAUUACCCAUGUUGAGGUUACUAAAGUAAAUGCAAUGAUUGCAGAAUUUUUCGAGGAAUCUAAACCUGGAAGUUCAAAAGAUAGCUGUAAAAGAGGACAUGAAACAUCCUGUAUUUCCGAAGAAACUGAUGAAGAGAAAAGGAAAAAAGAAAAAAAGGAACCUAAAGCAGACAUAUUGUCUCUUCUGUCCAUGCCUUCUACAAAAGAAAAAGAAACAAAAAAACUUGGAGAAGAAAUUCUUGAUUUAUUAAGCAAACCAACAGCAAAGGAACGGUCUCUUACUGAACGGUUUAAAUCACAAGGGGGCAAAUUACUGAUGGAAUUUUGUCCCCAUGGGACAAAACUAGACUGUGAGAAAAAUGGCAUAACAGAUUGCAAAAAACUACACUUUAAAAAGAUUUUACAAAAGCACACUGAUGAGUCAUUAGGUGACUGUUCAUUUUUGAAUACUUGCUUUCAUAUGGAUACUUGUAAAUAUGUUCAUUAUGAAGUUGAUCGAAAUGGACAAAAAGAAGAAAAUGCUCCUGCACUACCAUGCUCACCAGUAGGUAGAGUUGAAAGUAGCACCUUGUAUCCUCCCCAGUGGGUUCAGUGUGACUUGAGAUAUUUGGAUAUGACAGUGUUAGGUAAAUAUGCAGUUAUAAUGGCUGAUCCUCCUUGGGACAUUCACAUGGAACUUCCCUAUGGCACUAUGUCCGAUGAUGAAAUGAGACAAUUAGGGAUACCUCAACUGCAAGACGAUGGUUUAAUUUUUUUGUGGGUCACUGGCAGAGCGAUGGAGUUAGGAAGAGAAUGCCUUAAUUUGUGGGGAUAUGAAAGGGUUGAUGAGAUUAUUUGGGUCAAAACAAAUCAGUUACAAAGAAUUAUAAGAACAGGAAGAACAGGUCAUUGGCUGAAUCAUGGCAAAGAACAUUGCUUAGUAGGUAUGAAGGGAAAUCCCAAGAAUUUAAAUCGUGGUUUAGAUUCAGAUGUAAUUGUUGCUGAAGUAAGGGCCACUAGUCAUAAACCUGAUGAAAUCUAUGGCAUGAUAGAAAGAUUAUCACCAGGAACAAAGAAAAUAGAGCUUUUUGGCAGACCGCACAAUAUUCAGCCCAAUUGGAUAACUUUGGGAAACCAGGUGGACGGUAUUCGUCUUAUAGAUCCUGUUUUAAUUGAGAGUUUUAAAAAACGCUAUCCUACUGGUAAUUGUAUGGCCCCACCUCCAGAAGCAUCCCAUUAGUUGAUGCAUAUAUUUUAUGCAUUUUCCUUAGUCUCGUUUUAGAGGCAUUUAUUAUAUAUUGUUUACUGACCAAAUAUAACCAAAAUAAGAAAGAUCUGCUGGUGAUUUUAU